GGCUUUUCCUCACCCAGCCCCGCUGCUGCCGCUGUCCCCACGCCCGGGGGUCCCCGCUGGGUCGGGGUACAGGCCGGUUCACGGCUCGGGGGAGGCGGCGGCGGGUCCAUCCUGGGAUGUCCGGGAGCUGCGUCACCGCCCGUACGGGUUUCUCCAGUGGGUGAAUCACCGGUGGCCCUGGCCAGGCUGGGUUGCCCCUCUGGCCCCUGCCGGGGCAGCAGCUGAGGCGGGCGAGGCUGUGAUGAAAUCCGGGUUUCGACACGCGCUGUGGCACCAGCCGCUGCUCAAGUGCCGAGUGCGGCAGCCUUGGCCCUUCCGGAGAGGUCGGUGGCGGGUUUGGCAAGCGUGCCACAACCGGGAGUUGCCAGCGGUGGCAGCUCUGGGGGAGUCCCCAGCACUGGGGCUCCCACUUCAUCUGCUGGGCUUGCAGGGCCUCAGCCCCCGCUGUGCCCCAUCCCGGGGCUGACAUCCCUCCUUGUGGCCUCGGGUGUGAGGGGGCGUUUGGGGUUCCUGGGGGAUGAAUGUCACCAGUUCCUGCCUCGGACAGCGCUGGGGCCUCAGCUCCUGCUUGCUCCCUGCAUGGAAACCCUGGAGCUGUGCCUGGGGCGUGGGGUCCCCUCCACCAUGGGGGGGAUGGCAGGGACACUGAGACCACAGGGUUAUUCCUGUGCCAGGAGUGUUGGGUUUUGCUGGGUCCUCGUGGGGUCACAGAGCUGCUUUGGGGGGGUCCUUGGCUGGGAGCCCCCACGGUCUCACCCUGGGAUGGUGGCACACGGUGAUGACACCUUGGUGAUGGCCAUCCCUGGGGACAGCGGUGACAGGCUGUGCUCAAAGCAGGUGACAGCUCAUCCAGCUGGGGUGGCUGGGCCAGAGCACAGCGCAGGUGGCAUCUCAGUCCUGGGGGGGCUUCACUGUCGCUCCUCACCCUGCCCAGCCCUCGAGCCCCAGGCUGGGACCGCAGGGGAGGGAAUGGUCAGUGGUGGGUGGUCACCACACUGGCAGCCCCAGCCCGUGCCAGUGACUGACCCUGUGCAUCUUCUCCCCCGUGCAGAAAUGGAAACAAACAACCAUUUUAACUUCACUGGCCUUUCCUCUGCACCCGCUGCCUCAGGACCGAAACCCACACCUGCCUCAGGGGACCCCCCCUUCGCCCACAGCUCCCCGCUCGGCUUCCCCCCGCAAGGGAAAAGUCUGAACGGGGGCAUGAAUGUCAAUGGCUUCUCUACUGUAUCCCACCCCGGUACUUCAGGGACGUUCUCGCCGGGCCCGCCCCCCCGGCCGGCCUCGCCAGGACACGGCACCAACCUGCGGGCGGCCGGGCCGGAGUUCUGGGGCAACGGCACCGCCGGGCCCAUGGGGCUGAACUUUGACUCGCAGGAGCUCUACGACUCCUUCCACGAGCAGAGCUUCGAGCUGAUGCAGAACGGGCCCGACGGCUUCUACGCGGCGGGUCAGUCGUCGCCCAUCCUGAGCUCGGACGCGCAGCCCUUCCCGCUGGCUCCGGACGAGCCGGACCCCGGCCAGGGAGCCGCUGACGGCGCAGCCAAAGAGAUGCCCAGCACCACCACCACCACCACCACCACCAUCACGGAGAACGGGGCUGGGCUGGUGGGCAGCCAGGAGCUGGAGGAGGCACAGCCAGACCUGAAGAUGUGCAGCUACAACGGGGCUGCAGCUGCUGGCACGGGGUCGCUGGGGCCGGAGGGGCCCGUCCUGGGGGACGCGUCGCCCAUCGCCCCGCGGCUGGAGGACACCCCCAUCCUCAGCGAGGACCCCCUGGAGCCCUUCGAGUCGCUGGCCAGAGGCGACAACGCCGAGCUGAAGAGCGGCGACCACGCGGGGCUGCGGGAGUCGGGGUCCCUGGAGCUCGACCCUCGGCUGGAGCCGGAGUCCCCGGCCCCGUCUGCGGAGGAGGAGGAGGAGGGGGAGGAGGAGGAAGAAGAGCUUUACCCCCUCCCCGUGCGGACCCCCCGGUCCCCCGCGCCCCCAGCCCGUCGUCCCACCUGUCCCCUCCCCGCAGGUGAUGCCCCUCGCCGGCGCAUCGCCACGCAGGAGGAGGUGCGCUUCCCGCUGCAGCACGGGUACGUGCGGUGUCCCCGACCCUCUUCCUGUCCCCAUCCCGCCCCACAGCUCUGGCUGCUUCCCACCGACCCCUGUCUGAACGGGGGCAUGAAUGUCAAUGGCUUCUCUACUGUAUCCCACCCCGCCCCGCUCACAGCCCUUCCUCCUGCUCCCUGUGCCCAGUACCUGAGCAGGAACAUGGUGCAGGAUGUGCGGCGUGAGCACUUCAGCUUCAGCCCCCGCAUGCCCGUGGGAGACUUCUACGAGGAGCGGGACACGCCCGAGGGCGUGCAGUGGGUGAAGCUGAGCCCCGAGGAGAUCCCCGGGCGCAUCCAGGCCAUCACGGGCAAGCGUGGCCGGCCCCGCAACGCCGAGAAGGCCAAGCCCAAGGAGCCCCCGGCCACCAAACGGGGCCGGGGCCGCCCGCCCAAGCUCAGGAUGGUGGAUUUGCUGAGCAAGACGGACGCACGGCUGCUGAAGAGGCUGGAAGCACAAGAGGUGCUCAGCGAGGAGGACAAGUUGAAAAUGAGCAAGAUCAAGAAGAAAAUGAGGCGGAAGGCCAAGAACAAGCAGAAGCAGGAGGCCAAAGCCCCCAGGGCCAAGGAGGCCAAGAAGAAAUCCAAGGCCAAGGAGAAGAAGGGGAAGCCUGAGAAGGGCAAGGACAAGGCCCGGCCCAAGGAGAAGAAAGGCACCAAGGGGGCUCGGAAGGCGGACAAGGGGCCGCUGGCCCAGCGGCGCCUGGAGGAGCGGCGGCGGCAGCAGCUCAUCCUGGAGGAGAUGAAGAAACCCACGGAGGACAUGUGCCUGGGGGACCACCAGCCCCUUCCAGCCUUCUCCCGCAUCCCGGGGCUCGUCCUGCCCGGCCGCGCCUUCUCCGACUGCCUGACGGUGGUGGAGUUCCUGCAGAGCUACGGGAAGGUGCUGGGGCUGGAGCCGGCCCGGGACGUGCCCACGCUGGGAGCGCUGCAGGAGGGGCUGCUGGGGGUGGCCCCCGGCGCGGGGCAGCUGCAGGACCUGCUGGUGAGGCUGCUGCAGGCAGCGCUCUGCGACCCCGGCCUGCCACCCUACUGCCAGUCCAUGAAGAUCCUGGGGGAGAAGGUGUCGGAGAUCAGCCUGAACCGGGACACGGUGUCGGAGGUGCUGCGCUGCUUCCUGACGGCGCACGGGGCGGGCGCGGAGCUGUGCCAGGGGCUGCGCACCAAACCCUUCCAGGCGCUGCCCCCCGAGCUCAAAGCCGCCAUCCUCGUCUUCCUGGUCAACGAGCUCAACAGCAGCGCCCUCAUCAUCAGUGAGAUCGACAAGACCCUGGAGAGCAUGUCCAGCUACAGGAAGAACAAGUGGAUCAUCGAGGGCCGGCUCCGCAGGCUGAAGGUGGCCCUGGCCAAGAAAACGGGCCGUCCCGAGUCGGAGAUCACGGGGCUGGAGGACGGGCGGCGCCGGCGCAGCUCGCGCCUGACCGAGGACGUGGGGCUGGAGAUGGAGGAGGAGGAGGAGACCCGCGGGCGGAGAUCCCGCCGGGAGGAGGAGGCUGACACCUCUGCGUCCAGCGUGCCAGAGCUGGAGCGGCAGAUCGAGAAGCUGGCCAAGAGGCAGAUGUUCUUCCGCAAGAAGCUGCUGCAUUCCUCCCAGACCCUCCGUGCAGCCUCCCUGGGCCAGGACCGGUUCCGGCGGCGCUACUGGGUGCUGCCCCACCUGGGCGGAAUCUUCGUGGAGGGCGCGGAGGCUGCUCCUCCUCGUGUGACAGCAGCUGAGCUGGAGGCUCAGGAGCCCCCGGAGGAGAAGGUGUCCCCACUUGUGGCCCCGGUGAAGGAGGAGCCGGCGGCCGUGCCGGUGGCCAGCAGGACCAGCUGCCCAACCUCAGCCUCUCGUGCCCGUGGGCGGCCCAGAAAGGGCAAAGAGGAGCUGGCCCAGCACUGCGAGCCCUGCCCCACGCCGCUCAACGGGGUCCUGGAGGAGCCAGAGCCGCUGGGGCAGAGCCAGCACGACCUCAGCCAGUCGGCCUUCCGGGAGCACGACCUCAGCCAGUCGGCCUUCCUGUCCUGGCUGAGCCAGACCCAGUCGUCCCUGCUCAAGGACUCGGUCCUCACCCCGGCCAGCAGCCCCGGCAAGGGGGACACGGGGCUCCCGCCGCCCGAGGGCCCCUCGGACCCCGUGGAGGAGGAAGAGGAGGAGGAGGAGGAGGAGGAGGAGGAAGAGAGAGCCCCAGAGGCCGUGGCGAAGCGGGGGCCCUGGUUCAACCUGCUGCCCCGCACGCCCUGCGACGGCCGAGCCGCCCUCGGGGGACCCCUGCGGUGCCCCGGCACGGCGCUGAGCCCUGGGACCCCCGGGACCCCCACGGUGCCCCGGCGCGGGGCUGAGCCCUGGGACGCCCUGGGACACCCGCGGUGCCCCGGCGCGGCGCUGAGCCCUGGCGCUGCCCCCCUUGCAGAGAUGCAGAGCGGCUGGUGGUGGCUGCGGGACCCCGAGGAGCUGGAGGCCGUGGCGCGGGCGCUGCACCCGCGCGGCAUCCGGGAGAAGGCGCUGCACAAGCACCUCACCAAGCACAGGGAGUUCCUGCGCGAGGUUUGCCUGCGGAGCAGCACAGACCCCAUUUUCCACCCCGCUGCCGCCGUGUCUCAGGAGGCGCUGGCUCAGUGGUCAGUGCCGGACCGAGCCUACGAGACCGACCUGGGCGUGCUGCAGUGGGUGGAGGAGCUGGAGCAGCGCGUCCUCAUGGCUGACCUGCAGAUCAGGGUGGGUUCCUGGGGUGUUGGUGUGGGGACACGUCGUCACAGGGUGAUUAUGUGCUGGUGCUUUCACGGGGUGGGGCGGGGGGGAGGUGAUGCAGGGGGUUGCAGGGAAGCUCUGACCCCCUCCCCGUGUGCCCCCCAGACGUGCCUGGUGUGCCGGCGAGGGGACGACGACGAGCAGCUGCUGCUGUGCGACGGCUGCGACCGCGGCUGCCACCUGUACUGCCACCGGCCCCGCAUGGCCCAGGUGCCCGAGGGAGACUGGUUCUGCUCCGUCUGCGUGGCCCGGGUGCGUGCUGGGAUCCCAGACCCUGCUGGGAAAGGAGAAAAGCGCUGAGAGAAAAAGGGGAUCCUAGGAAAGAAGUCUGGGGAAUUGCGUCUCACUCCUGGGAAUUGCAUCUCCCCUCCUGGGAAUUGCAUCUCCUUCCUGGGAAUUGC